GGACCACACAUCUCUGGUGCUAGAAACAAGUAGGAAGGCGACUCGCUUCCCACAACAAUGCAGGAAGAUGGCGCCAGCAGCAACAGUCCGACGGGCGCCAUAUAAAGACUUCCUUCAGCCAGCUCUUCAUCGACGAUUCUCAACCACCGCUUCCAUCUUACUGGCGAUAGCCUACCUCGAGGCGGUUCUGUUGGCGAACUGGAAUUCAUACUUCUGGUCUUGGUUUCCCAUCGGUCCUGCCGGGAUCCGCGCCUUCUUCGUCUCCAUAUGCGGCCUCUCGAUCAUUAUUCUCCGAAUCGCCCAGUAUCAUGUGGGGCUCCGUACUUCGGAUUCUCCUUUCCAGACGUUCUCACAGAAUGUCUUCAAGCUCCAAACCCUCGAGGCCCUUGUGACCUAUGUGUUUUCCGGAUGGCUCUUUAGUCAAGUGUACCUCUGGUCCUAUUCUGGAGACAAACUUGACUGGAUUACAUAUUACAGCGGUGACAGGGCGAGGUUGAAUGAGAGGCCUCUCUACUUCACAUACCACUUCGUCAUAUUUGGCGUCACAGAGGCGUUCCUCCAUCUGCUGAAAGAUACCGAUCGGCUGUCGCUCGGUGCCGUGAAACCGCAGGAUGGAGGCGCUGCCCAAGACGGGAAAUAUUCGGCAAGCCAGUUCAAGCGGUUCGUAGACGAACUGCCCGGGCUGCUGAUAGCUGCGGGCACUCAAUCUUUGGCUGCUGUUUUCCUGAGCAUAUUCAUCUACCCUAUCUUCAUCCGCGGAUUUGUUUGGCGCGCAGCCAUGUUCUUCCUCCGGCCCUUCUACAACCUGCCGAAGACCAACAUGGUACCGAAUUCUUUACCAUUCAGCUGGUGGCUCCUAUGUCAAUGUUUGCUGGCGGGUUUUAUGCUUUCAUUUGUCUGGCUGGCUGGCAACACCGCCUUCUCAAUAUUCCUAGUCAGGGAGCCUCUGAAGAACGGGAAGCCUCUGACUUCCGAGUCAAAAGACCCCAACGGAAGCUUGCUAAACGGCCUAAAGAGCAAAAAGCUGUCUAUUCGGGGUUUUGCAAUGUGGGAAUUGGCAUUUAUCGCUCGAGAUUAUGAAGCAAGACGGAAAGCCAUCUACGAGGACAUCGACCGGAAGGACGGACCCAUGUGGUCUCAGGUGUAUGCAAUUUGCCUCGACGUCAUCAAGGGCAUGGAAGGAAGGAUUGACAACUAUGCCAAACCUCCAGCCCCUGUUUCGGCGCCCACAGAGGCUGUGGUGGACGAGAAGAAGCGAUUAUCGCAGCCUCCCAAGCAAGAUCAGAUUUUUCAAUCUGCCCCACAGAGCAAGACGUUCCGAAACGAGGUUGAGAAAGCCGUCACUCAGGUUGCAACAGCCCCUGGGCAGGCUUCUCAACUGAGUCCUUUGGCCAAAAAGGCCAUGGCUAACGCGAAGGAUAGGCUUUUGCAGAUGCAGCGGGAGGCAACGGGAUCGGAUGAUCCGCAAAGCCUAUUCAAGAGCGUCGCCCUGGCGUUUUUGAACUCGGUUUUGGGAUGGCCAUUCCGGCAGGAAUUCAACAGGCGCCUGGCGACAGUGGUGCUCGGAACUCCUUACGGAGAGCCCAGCUUCUACAUCAACGCUGUCAACGCGCUCAGCCAGCUUGCAGUCCACAGUUUGAAGGAGGACAAGUACGGUAACGUCCAGAGGGACGUCUCGACUAUAAUACGCGCCCUUACGUCGGUGACGAAGAAGCUUGACGCAUUCAAGGCGCAACUCCCGGCGCACUGGACGGACGUGAACAAGGACAAGGAAACCCCGGAGGUGGACACCAUCUUGGAGGCGUUAAGGGGCGGCCUGAGCCAACUUAUAGAAGGCUUUGGGCCGUAUGCGCGGGACCUGCGCCUGAGUUUGACCGAUAUGCGGCUUGCCAAAGAAGCAGCAGGCUCCGAAAAUAGUGAUGGGGCCGCUCAAGGGCCGGAGAUGAGACAGAUCCGGUAGCUGGAUCGGCGAAAUGCUAGCUUGUAUCACCUAGGAUGGACGGCCGGUCAGCUUAGAUGAAGUGUAUAUGAACUUGUACAAUAUUAUGACGAACAUUCGCCGAGUGCUUUUUGGUAUUACCUCUGCUGUUGCUGCGUUAUCCCUUGACAUUGUACCUCGCAGCCC